AUGGAAACUAUUGAGCAAAACAAGCCUAAGGUGGUGGUGAUUGAUUCCUUGCAAUCAUGGGAAUCCUAUGUCAACCAAGCUUCUAACCAGAAUUCCCAUAUUGUUGUUCACUUUACUGCUUCAUGGUGCAUGCCAUCAGUGGCUAUGAUUUCGUUUUUUGAAGAACUUGCAUUAGAUUAUCCGGAUCUUCUCUUUCUCUCUGUUGAUGUUGAUGAAGUUAAGGAGGUGGCCACCAAGAAUGACAUAAAGGCAAUGCCGACAUUUUUGUUGCUGAAAGAUGGUGCUGCAUUGGAGAAGAUAGUUGGUGCGAAUCCAGAAGAGUUAAAGAAAAGGAUAGAUGGAUUUUCAUAUUCUCCUAAACACUCCCACGAUGCAGUUCCAUUCCCUACCUCUCCAACAACCCCUAUUCAUUGCCAAUUUUGUAACCGUCCCAAAACAUCGUCAUGGCUACCAUUCUUUAUGACCUUCUAUAAACCUGACAGGAAUAAAAAUAAAUCAAAAGAACCAACUGUAAAAAAUAAGGGAAAUUGUAUUAGAAAUAUUUACACUGUUGUUGCAUUUUGUGCUGGUAAUAAGGUAUAUUUGCAAACGACAAAUGAACUAUUUGAGACGAUUUUUUGGAGAUCCAAAAAAAUGACAAUUUUUGAUGCGGAAUGUUGUAUCGAGGAGAUUUCAAAUCUUCAAAUAUUCUUCUGGGUAUUAGUAAUAACACUUUUGUACACAUAUCCUACUGUCCUCCAUUCUUGCUUUCAAAAUUGGAUAUUCCUAGGACACUUGAAUAUUUGCUGCUUACAAGACCAACGAGUUUUUUGCCUUUUUCACAGCAUCAAGCGACUGCACGUUUUAAAUUUGGCAUGUGCAAUUGAAAUAAGCAAACAUCAAACUAAAGCUUGGAUCUGGAACUUUGAUAGGAGUUCCUAUUCCUCAAGAGCACUCAACAUCUUCACAUAUAAUUUAAUCCGCCUAUGA